GCAAAAAAUAAGAGAUUCAAAAAAGGUCUUGAGGACGUUGCCUUGGCCAUCUGUUCGGCUGUCAAGAUUUUCUUCUAAUUUCUCUCUCUGCUCUGUUUUCUAAUUCUUUUGCCGAAAAGACAUUUCAUCGAUUCAAAGAUUUUCCUUUUUCUUUUAUUUUUGUUUCGUGAAGAACAUUGUUGUGAAGAACCCAGAAGAAGACAUUGCUGAAAGGAGAGGACGUACAAAAAAAUGGAUACUUUGUGUUUGAAUACGACCGUUCACGGCGUAGUUCCGCCGAUCACGGCGUCUAGCGGCGGAGGAGUGGUCGAGGUGCGAGCCAGCUCCGUCGGGCGACCCACGAGGGAUAAACCGUCGCAGAAAAUAGGGCCUUUUGGGUUCUCGUUCAAGUACCCAUUGACGCCGUUCUGGUCCGGAGGAGGUGCCAAGUCUCGGCGGCGGAGCGGGCUGGCUCUCGACGACGCCGUCUUGGUGAAUUCUGGCGAUUCGAGGAGGCCCGUCGCGGAGGAGAAGGACGCAAGCAACACGUCGGCGACGGCGGCGGAGGCGGAGGGGCAUGACGGGAAUUGGGUUUUGAAGAUCUUGCAAGUCCGAUCUAUGUGGAGGGACGACGAGAGGAAGAACAACGGCGAAGAUGUAAAGGAUGAGGAGGAGGAGGAGGAGGAAGAAGAAGAAGAAGAACUAGAGGAAAUAGAUAAUGCCGUAUCGUGCGUUGAUGGUGAGGAAUUUGAUGUAUGCUCAGUUGAGAACGAUGAUGAUGAAGAGAAGAAAUUUCAGUUUGAUAGAGAAUCGUUUUCGAGAUUGCUGAAGAGGGUUUCGUUAAACGAAGCGAAACGCUAUGCCCAGUUGUCAUAUUUGGGAAGCCUGGCUUAUUCAGUUUCGAAAAUCAAGCCGGCGAAUCUGUUGAAGUAUCAGGGCCUGAGGUUUGUAACUUCCUCAGCUGAGAAACGGGAACUCGCUUUGAAGACGGACCAAAAGGAUACGGACCAAAAGGAUGAUUCAGCUGAGACCCGAGAAGACAAGACUGCGCAAAGAGAGGAAGAAACCGAAGCUGAAGCCAAAGAGCAAGGGAACACAGGUUACGGAAUCAGUGCUGCUGCUGCAUAUGAGAUAGCUGCCUCUGCUGCAUCUUACUUGCAAUCUCAUACAAAGAGCAUCCUCCCUUUCACAUCUUCAACCGGCAAGAAGAAUUCACAGACUGCGGGUUUCGGAGAUAUGGAUCUCCUAGGUCAUGAUGUUGCUUCCCUGAUGACCACGACCAACUCAGUGACUGCAGUUGUAGCUGCUGAGGAAGAUGUGAAGCAGGCAGUUGCUGACGAUUUGAAAUCGAUGCACUGGUCUCCAUGUGAUUGGUUCAUUUGCGACGAUGAUCAGAGCCACACGAGAUUCUUCGUGAUUCAGGGAUCUGAAUCACUGGCCUCGUGGCAGGCAAACCUAUUGUUCGAACCUAUUGAAUUCGAGGGGUUUGAUGUCCUCGUUCACAGAGGCAUAUACGAGGGUGCAAAAGGGAUGUAUGAACAAAUGUUACCCGAAGUCCGAGCUCAUUUCAAAACCCACGGAAACCGUUCUAAGUUUCGUUUCACGGGCCAUUCUUUGGGCGGAAGCUUGUCACUCUUGCUGAACCUCAUGCUGCUUAUACGGGGAGAAGUACCGGCUUCUUCCCUACUUCCCGUUAUAACGUUUGGUGCACCGUUCAUAAUGUGUGGAGGUGAUCGUCUUCUCAGUAAACUCGGAUUGCCUAAGAGCUAUGUUCGGGCUAUCACAAUGCACCGUGAUAUUGUUCCGAGGGCGUUUUCUUGUAGUUAUCCAGAGCAUGUAGCCAAGCUUUUGAAAGCUGUCAAUGGAAACUUCCGGAGUCAUCCUUGUCUUAACAAGCAGAGUGUGUUAUACGUUCCAAUGGGUGAGCUUUUGAUUCUUCAACCGGAUGCGAAAUUCUCUCCCCACCACGAUCUACUCCCUCCAGGAAACGGUCUUUAUGUCCUAACGGGCUCGUUGUCCGACAUGGAAGAAGCGACGAAACAGCUAAGAGCGGCUCAGGCAGUCUUCCUAAACUCGCCACACCCUCUGGAGAUUCUCGGCGACAGAUCUGCUUAUGGGUCAGGAGGAACCAUCCAACGCGACCACGACAUGAACUCUUACCUCAAAUCAGUCAGAAGCGUAAUAAGGAAAGAAGUGAACCGUUUAAGGAAGGCGAGGAGAGGGCAGGGCCGCAGUAUCUGGUGGCCAAUCCUGGUGGGUCAGGACCGAGACCGAGUCAACUCGGGGAUCGUGAUCAGAGGGAGGCAGCAGACGAACAGUCAGGAUUUCUCGGGGAUGAUGAAGACCGGGAGAGAAUCGGUCAGACGGUUCAGUAGGCUGGUGGCAUCGCAGCAUAUGCAUCUGAUCGUCGUCCUCUUGUUCCCAGUUAAGUUGCUGUUCCUCGGAGCGUAGGAUAUCUUCAGUUUCCGUUAAUUCAGGUGGGUUUUUGUCGUGUAGCGGUUCAAACCGGGUCGGUAUGACCGGUUUAGCUUAUUCUUUAUUCAAUUGUUACUUGUAAUUAGAUAGCCAUUGUUUCCCGGUCUUGGGCGACGAUUUGUUGGAAGAACAGUACAAAUGAUACAAACAAAUGUCGAAUACUCUCAAAUAUUAAUAAAAAAAAACUCGAUUGUUUGGUUC